CCACAGAGAGCAGAGCAGGACUAAGGUGCAGGAGAAAUACAUCAUCUGUAGAACCUUAAUCCAACUCAUCGCAGCAUCAUGGCGCCAAUCGGAUUGAAGGCGGUGGUCGGCGAAAAGAUUAUGAAUGACGUCAUCAAGAAGGUCAAGAAGAAGGGGGAGUGGAAGGCUCUGAUUGUGGACCAGCUGAGUAUGAGGAUGCUGUCAUCCUGCUGUAAAAUGACUGACAUCAUGACAGAAGGAAUCACCAUUGUGGAGGACAUAAACAAGCGACGAGAGCCACUCCCCACCCUGGAGGCCAUCUAUCUCAUAACCCCCACAGAGAAGUCCGUGCACACUCUGAUUGGAGACUUCAAAGACCCCCACUCAGCUAAAUACAAAGCGGCCCACGUCUUCUUCACAGACUCCUGCCCUGACCCCCUCUUCAACGAGCUGGUGAAGAGCCGUGCUUCCAAAACCAUCAAGACCCUGACCGAGAUCAACAUCGCCUUCCUGCCCUAUGAGUCACAGGUGUACUCUCUGGACAACCCCGAUGCGUUCCAGAGUUUCUACAGCCCUCACAAGACCCAGCUGAAGAACUCUGUGAUGGAGCGCCUAGCAGAACAGCUAGCCACGCUAUGCGCCACCCUGAAGGAGUACCCGGCUGUCCGAUACCGAGGGGAGUACAAGGACAACGCCACCCUGGCCCAGCUGGUGCAGGACAAACUGGACGCCUACAAGGCUGACGACCCCACCAUGGGCGAGGGUCCUGAUAAGGCCCGCUCCCAGCUCAUCAUCCUGGACAGGGCCUUCGACCCGGUGUCCCCCGUCCUCCACGAGCUCACCUUCCAGGCCAUGGGCUACGACCUGCUGCCCAUCGAGAACGACGUCUACAAGUAUGACACCAGCGGUAUGGGAGACUCCCGCGAGAAGGAGGUCCUGCUGCACGAGGACGACGACCUCUGGGUGGGCCUGAGACACAAACACAUAGCCGAAGUGUCCCAGGAGGUGACACGACAGCUGAAGGAGUUCUCCGCCAGCAAGAGGAUGAACACGGGAGAGAAGACCACGAUGAGGGACCUCUCUCAGAUGUUGAAGAAGAUGCCCCAGUACCAGAAGGAGCUCAGCAAGUACUCAACCCAUUUACAGCUGGCUGAGGACUGCAUGAAGCACUACCAGGGAACAGUGGAUAAGCUCUGUCGCGUGGAACAGGACCUGGCCAUGGGCACCGACGCCGAGGGGGAGAAGAUCAAGGACCCCAUGAGGGCCAUCGUCCCCAUCCUGCUGGACGCCAACGUCACCACGUACGACAAGAUCCGCAUCAUCCUGCUCUACAUCUUCCUCAAGAACGGCAUCACGGAGGAGAACCUGAACAAGCUGAUCCAGCACGCCCAGAUCCCCCCUGAGGACAGUGAGAUCAUCACCAACAUGGCCAACCUGGGGGUCCCCAUCAUCACAGACUCCACCCUCCGCAGGGGGAAGAAGCUGGACCGCAAGGAGCGCGUCAGCGAGCAGACCUACCAGCUGUCCCGCUGGACCCCCCUGGUCAAGGACAUCAUGGAGGACGCUAUUGAAGACAAGCUGGACACCAAGCACUACCCCUACAUCUCCACCCGCUCCUCCGCCUCCUUCAGCACCACCGCAGUCAGCGCCCGGUACGGCCACUGGCACAAGAACAAGACCCCCGGGGAGUACCGCACCGGCCCCCGCGUCAUGGUGUUCAUCAUCGGAGGGGCGUCCUUCAGCGAGAUGCGCUGCGCCUACGAGGUCACGCAGGCCAACGGGAAGUGGGAGGCCAUCAUCGGUGCCACCCACACGCUCACCCCCACCAAAUUCUUAUCGGACCUGAAGCACCCCGACUUCCGAGAGUCCACUAGGGUCUCGUUUGAGGAACCAGACCCCUCAGAAGAGUGAGGCAGAGGGAGAGAGGGGGAGGAGAGGCAGGGGAGACAGAGAAUUCACACUGAGAACAAAGUAAAGGCAGCCGCUCAAAGAAGCCCUUUCUGAACGCUCACAGCAUAAGGGCUUUUCUUUCUAACCGUCUCUCCCUUCCUGUUUUUAUAACACUCACCCGCCACACGCCCUACACCCCCCCCUCUACCACCAGGGAUGGGGGUCGCCUCCUCCUCCACCUCUCCCUCCCUCCCUUCUCCACAACUCCCCCCAAACAAGGCCCCCCAUGCAUGGACCACUCGCCCGACUGCAUCCCCCACUUUGGGUUCCUGGUUGACCGGCACACACACACACCGUAAUCUGAAAACUCAAAAGAGCGUUGGGACUCCUGGGUCCGGUGUGGUAGUGCUGUCCGGACCAGUGGGAUGUCUUGAGUAGAGGGGAGUGGCCAUGCUCCGGGGGCUGGGGGUGGGAGAGGGGUCGCGACCCCAUCACUGUUACCCCACUUUCUACCACCAUCUCCGCUGGGUGGAUUAAAUCGUCCCUCGAAGGCCCACGUUUGAUUCCCCCCUCCGGUUCCCAUACUCCAUCUCUCUUCCGGAGCAGAUUUAAUCUACCCCCUGAGAUCCACCUUUAUCAAUUUGUAACGUUCGGUUGUUUUAUUAUUUGAUCUAACCAACCCCUUCCCCCAGAGGGGAGUCACCUUGAUUAUUACAUUUUUUUCAAAACAAUUUUUUUUUUCAGGACAGGUCCAUGAGUUGAUGUUGGAUUUCAAAGAAGGAUUUCCUUGUUUAUCCUUCUUUUCUUUUUUAAAUUUCCCUUCCUUCUGCUUGCCUCACUCAAUGGCUGCCAUCACAUGACAAAAGUCACCUGACAUACAUGACCUCUGUUUCACCUGCAGAGAUUGCUAAAUAGUGAUCUAGAUAUCAAUAGUCAAGCAUCAAAUAUCAAGACACUAACAAUAAUUGUUAAAAAAUUAACUCAUCCCCAUCACUAAACAGUUUCAAUAAGUCGAAAAGGUGUAGCCAGAACUUUUGUUCAAUAUUUAAUCGGAAAUCAAAAUACGACCAAUCUCGUUCACAUCCAUUGAUCGUUAAACAGUAGCUAAUACUGUGAAUAGUCAGAUUCACAGUCAGGGAGCUCGACAUAAAGUCAAGAUAAAGCUAGCCCUUAAGGUCACCUCAUAGCUUACACAAAGUGUGUAUCACCUCCAUCCCUCUAUGGUGAGCAUCCUUACCUGGACUCUGCAGGCAGUGGAGGGAAUGUAGCACUGCUGCCUCAAUCUCCCCUCGCUCUCUGGUCCUAUGCCUCCUAAAUCGUCAACCACAGGACCUGAAACAGGCAAAUCCAACAGAGCACAGAUAUGUAGCAACAUUGUUAAAAAUCCUGAUGUAGGAUAAUAACCCAGAACGUAUAGGUCAAGAUAUGUACUUUAAUGUGUUAGCCAGGGCUAAAUUCAAGGACCAUGCUGGAAAUAAGUAAAAAAAAAGAAAAGAUUUUACUUCUGCAAAUCAAAACAAAUAAAGGCUUUUCAAGUAAAUGCUAUACCUUGGCUUUUGAUUCAGCACCUAUGGCUACAUCAUAGUUUCUGCCAAGUAUAUAUUUAUUCUUGAACCCAUAGAAACCUACACAAUAGCCACAGGCAUCCAUCUCAUUCAGAACUACUCCGCUAAAGCCUUAUCGUUUAUGAACCAACAUCUGGUUUUAUGGUUUCACUCACUUUUUCUCAAUUAGCAUCAAUCAAUGCAGUAUGGAUACCCAUACACAUACUGCUACAUAACUGACAUAACACAACUUUUUUUCCUAAACAAAAUGGCCCUUUCAUUAAUAAAAUAUGGAUUGCUUUUUGUUUAGGCUAACUUGGUCUAAACUUUUUUCUUUAACACCGUGGAGAUUUUUAGACGUUAGAUGUUUCCUGUUGUGUUUCUUGGCCAAAUUGUUCGUACAAAGCUGUGUGUUUUUCGGUUGACAGGACAGAGAGAGAACUUUGUGAGUCCAGUCUGAAGUUGUGUGACUAAUGUCUACACCCCCCGACCCUCACCCACCCACCCCUACCCCGAACGCCUGCAUCGCCAUAGUA